UGCAGUUUGUUGAAAAAUUCAUCGCCUAAAGUAUAACUAAGAGUGGCAAAGCAGCAAUGGAGAAAUCAGGAAGCUCCAAACACCUUGUUAACCCAGAUGAUGUGAUUAAUAAUGGUAAAGAGCUUCUUGAAGCUCAAGCCCACUUGUGGAACCACAUUUUCAGCUUCGCAAACUCUGUGUCCCUCUACUCUGCCACUCAACUAGGCAUACCUGACAUCAUCCAUAGCCUUGGCCAUGGAAAACCCAUCACUCUUUCUCAGCUGAUUUCUUCACUGCCAAUCAAUCACACCAAAGCCCCUGGAAUCUUUCGCCUUAUGCGCAUUUUGGUCCAUUCUGGCUUUUUUGGUCUCCAAAAACUCAGCACUAGUGCUAGUGACCAUGAAGAAGAAGGUUAUGUUCUCACUGAUUAUUCUAGGCUCCUUCUCAAAGACAAUCCCUUGAAUUCAGCACCCUUUUUGCUCGCCAUGAUUGACCCCCUUUUGACUCAUCCAUGGCAUUCUCUGACAACUUGGUUCAACAAUGACGAUGCUACUCCUUUUGCCACUUCCCAUGGCAAGUCCCUAUGGGAACUUGGAGCUAUUGACCCGAAAUUCAACCGCAUGUUCAACGAUGCCAUGGGUAGUGAUGCUCAGCUAGUGAUGAAGGUGCUCCUGCAGGAUGAGUACAGGGGGGUCUUUGAUGGGUUGGAGUCAUUGGUUGAUUUGGCAGGAGGAACUGGCACUGUGGCCAAAGCCAUUUCUGAGGCAUUUCCUCAGACAGAAUGCAUUGUCUUUGAUCAACCCCACGUGGUUGCUCACUUGGAAGGUGCCAAAAACUUGAAGUAUGUUGGAGGCAACAUGUUCGAGGGAAUUCCUCCUGCAGAUGCAGUUUUUAUGAAGUGGAUAAUGCAUGACUGGAAUGAUGAAGAUGGAUUGAAGUUGCUUAAAAGGUGCAAAGAUGCCAUAACAAGCAGGAAAUCACUAUCAUCAUCAGCAGGAAAUAAGAAAGGCAAAGUGAUAAUAGUGGACAUGGUGUUAGAGAACCAGAAACAAGACAAAGCCUCAACUCAAACCCAGCUUUUGUUUGAUGUCAUGAUGUUGGGUUUACUACCAGGCAAAGAAAGAACAGAGAAAGAAUGGGCUAAACUCUUUGCCGAUGCUGGUUUUACUCACUAUAAGAUUACUCCACUGGGUUUAAGGUCUCUCAUCGAAGUUUACCCUUAAAAAAUCUAAAAAAAAAUAUUAAUUAUCAAUGUAAUCUUGUAUGGGUGGUGGAUAAUCGUGUGUAAUAUUUGCAACAUAUAAAUCUCGAAGGUUUGAUAUGUAAUACGUGCGUGUAUGUUUCAUGUAAUACCAAACUUUUCAGUAAUAAUAAAUGUUGCCUACCAAUA